AUGCCUUCCUCCCAGGUCUCCUCCACCCCCUCCGUCGUCGACAUCAGCGACACCGACAGUGACGACGCCGCCGCGGCCGCCCUCUCGAGGCCCGUCGCCGACCGCGUUGCCUCGUCUCUCCUCACCCAGGACGCAGUCGACGCCCUCUGCAGGAAGCACGGCGUGCCGACGGGCUACACCGCGCGCCCCGCCGGCGACCGGCGCGCCAGCACCCCGCCGCCGGAGCGGGCCGUGUGCAUGUACGCGCACGCGCUGGAGGCCGGGGCGCGCGUCCCGCUGCAUGGCUUCUUCUCCGAGGCGCUCACCCACUUCGGCAUCGCGCCGGGCCAGCUCGCGCCCAGCGGCUGGCGCGUCCUCGUCGGGUUCGUGGUGCUCUGCCACGACGCUGGCGUGCAGCCAUCGACGGACGUGUUCCGCCACUUUUUCUCGCUGGCCGCGUUCAAGCUCAAGGGUUGGUACUGCUUCCGAACAAAGGACGCCGCCGGCGCGCUCUUCACUGGGCUUUCGAAACCCGAUGAGGCGUGGAAGGGCAGGUUCUUCUUCCUGACAUCGCCGGAGCCAUGGCCGUGCCCCGUGCGCUGGGGCGAGCCGCUGCUGUGCAAGAACUCCGUCGCUGAUCCGGUGCUCACAGGCCAGCAAAAGAAAAUCGUGGGAAAGCUACUGAGCGCACACGGCACCAUGGUUGACCUCCGGACAUACCUCGGUGAUGCCAAAAAACUUGCCGCGGCAUUCGCCUCGCCAUCGCCACCCGUUCCUUCCCAUGACAUCAAAGGUGAACUCGCUUUUAACAGUAUUCCCGAUCCCGAUUCCCCUAUCGAGCGAGCAGUAGGCAUGGAUUCGUCCGUGGCGAAGGUGAAACUCGAGCGGGACGGUGACACACCGACGGUGUCCCUGAAAAAAAGGAAACGCGAGGAGGCCGCCAGUGCAAAAGACGGUCUCUGCCGUUCUGAGCAGAGCACGCCGCAUGCUGCCCCGCCAGAUUUCGACCCGAAGCCGCCGCACUCGCCCGCGCCCGACGCACACGACGGCGACAGCGCCGACUGGCAGGCCGCGAAGAAGGUGCUAGAGUCCAUCACCACGCCGUCGCGGGCGCAAUCGUUCGCCGCGGCAAAGCCGUCCGACGUCGUCGCUUCGAGCUACUCAGCCAUGCUCCAGGCCGCGAACUACGCGUCCUUCUCCUUGGACUACACGCUGGAGCUGAAAAAGAAGCUGUCGGCACGGGACGCAGAGGUUGCAGCUCUGCGGGAGCAGCUGGAGAGCACGAAGGGCGAUCUUACCGCGGCGAAGCUGGCGGCGGAGGCUGUGGUGGAGAGCGCCAGGACGACGGCGGUGCAGCAGUUCCUGGCGUCCGAGGAGCACAAGCGGCGGCUCGCGGAGCACGCGCUGGCGGGGUACGAGCGCGGCGCCGAGGAGAUGAAGCGCGCUGUUCUCCGGAUAUACCCUCACCUCGACGCCGCCCGGCUGGUCGUGCCGCUAGAUUAGCUUAGCUCUGCUCUCCGUUAUUGUUGGUCUCUUGUGCGUGCCUUCUCUUGAGAGAUCAUGUAAGGAG